AUGGUGAGUGAUGAUAGUGGAGAGGCUUUCUACUCUGAGAGUGGCCAUGGUUAUGAGGAUAGUGGAGAUGAUUCUGAUGACAGUGAAUACAAUGUGGAUGAGUCUAACAUACAAUUUGAUGUAGAUGUAGACAUGAGUGAAUUCCAUAAUGAUGUUGAUGUAUAUGAACAUGGAAUCUUGAACAAUAAUUCAAAAGAUGAAGGGAUUGACAUGGUUGAUGAUGAGUUGGAAGUUAUUGCCACUGAUGAUUAUCAAUUUGCAGGAUUUCAUGAAGAUGAUAGGAAGAGACUAAUAAAAGAGUUGAGUAAGUCAAGUACAUGCUCACAUGGAGAGGUUCAUGUAAAACCAUUUCAGAUUGGCCAGGUCUUCAAAACCAAGCGUGAUGUUAAAAACUACAUGAACUCACAUUUUGUAGCAACAAGGAGGUCUUUAUACCUAGCCAAAAAUGACAAAAUCCGUAUUAGGGUGAAAUGUAAAGGUGUUGUAAGGUUACGAUCCGUCCAUGAAGUGAUCUUCAUUGCUUCAUUCCCACAUCUGCAAGCCACCAUCUUGGAAUCGGAAGCGAUUGGAUGUCGUGAAGGGUGCAACGGUCGAGCAACUGUGGAAAGGAGAAGAGAUGACGAUUGA